AUGUCCAUGACAUCCUUCGCAUCUCAACCACCAAGUUUCCUCCUGACCUCCCAGCCAUCCUUGGGUCCAAAGCGCAUCAUCACUGCUCCCACUGAGUGCAAGGCCAUUCCCACUUUAGAAUAUGAACUGGUCCGUGGACACCCGUGGACACCCGUGGACACCUGUGGACACCCGUGGACACCUGUGGACACCCGUGGACACCUGUGGACUGCAGGUCCUCCACAGGUCCAGUUCCACAUCAGGACGCGUCCCCGUCAGCUGCUCUGUGUGGACCCGGACCGACCCACCAGGACCGACCCACCAGGACGUGUGGACCCGGACCGACCAGAAGAACUAAAGGACUUGGCUCUUGGCCCUGACACUGUUGACGUUUCCAUGGAAACCCUGGCCUCUGUUUGGGCCCAUGACCCCUGUGACCUCAGUGAGAAGUGGCACGAGCCGACCACACAGUGGGGUUCUGCUCUGAUGUGGCCCGGGUCUCCUGGUUCUGGUCUGAUGUGGACUCAGCUGUCUCCUCACCUCCAGAGGAACAAACAGCUGCAGGACACGCUGUUGCAGAAGGAGGAGGAGCUGGCGCAGCUGCAGGAGGAGAACAACAAACUCCGACAGUUCCUCGACUCAGCCUACGUCAGGAACCUGGAGGAAAAGACCUCGAAACUAAGUGUUGAAGGGAAGAGGAAACUGAAGAGAAACCUGAUGUGUGUUGAUGACAGACCUUUAUAUCAGCUCCAGACUUCCCAGCAGAUCAGCAAACGGGUCUGUAGGAACCUCACUGCAGAGUUCUGCUUCGAGUCCAGGACACCUGAACCCAACCUGGACCUGUGGGUCCUGCAGACCCUGGGACUGAAGGACAGAGACACCAUCGAUAUGUCCACUGACUCCGGUCCGUCGUCGCAGUACAAUUGCGAGGGUUUAGGUUCCACAGUCUUCUGUUCCCUGUCCUCUGGAUACACGUCCAACUCGUCUUUGUGUCCGUCAGUGUCCGCCUCAACACCUUCUUCUGUCCAGAGCCACUGCCAAACCUCAGCACAUCAAACCGACAAUAGCUACAACUCCUCUGAAAGCCAAGGAUCAAAUAAGAACACAUGUGAACCUGCCAGCUCUGCCCAAACCUGCACAGGGUCUCCGGGUCUACGGUCGGACUUUCUUGCCAAAGGACUGUACGAGACACCUGAAGCUUCAGUCCGGAGCUACAACACAUCAUCCGCCCUUCAAUGUCCAACAUUAACCGAAGAAACAUACUUCAGCCCGUCAACAGACAGAGGAGGGGUCUGCCCCCCCCCAUCCUUGGGUCAGCUUCUGGAGGAAGACCCUCCAGGCCAUUCAGAGUUCUGGUCUCCGCGAAAGCAUCCAGGCUGCAGGACACCAUCCAAGGACACCGUCCAGUUCAGUCCAUCUGGACGUAGACCCCACCUGUCCCCCGUCUCGUCUUCAAGUCCAGUCUCGAGCCAACUCCAGCUGCCUCUUGGGGAGGACAGCCUGAGGAGCCCUUCGGUAGGGUCUCAGACCCCCCACACACCGCGGACACCUCGCUGCCGGAUGGAUUUGGCAUUCAGUAUGUCCCUCUGUCCGUCCAGCAGUGUCAAAACCCACAGCUUCCCCCAGGGACAAGCAUUUGUCCGAAAAGACACAGAGGGGAGAUGGAGCUUCACCUGGGUUCCCAGACAAGGACCGUAGGUGGUUUUAGGGUCUGAUCCUCUUAGAGUCAGUUCACUGCUGUC